AUGGGCUGCACCGACGACAUCGUCACCAGCGACCACUCGCCCGUCUUCGCCUCCUUCGAGGUGGGGGUCACCUCCCAGUUUGUCUCCAAGAAAGGGCUGUCCAAGGCCUCGGAACAGGCUCACAUCGAGUUCGAGAGCAUCGAGGCCAUCGUCAAGACCUCCAGUCGCAGCAAGUUCUUCAUCGAGUUCUACUCCACCUGCCUCGAGGAGUUCAAGAAGAGCUUCGAGAACGACGCCCAGAGCAGCGACAACAUCAAUUUCCUCAAAGUGCAGUGGUCGGCUCGGCAGCUGCCCACCCUCAAACCCAUCCUGUCUGACAUCGAGUACCUGCAGGACCAGCACCUCCUGCUCAGCGUCAAGUCCCUGGAUGGAUACGAGUCCUACGGGGAGUGCGUGCUGGCGCUCAAGUCCAUGAUCGGCAGCACAGCGCAGCAGUUCCUGACGUUCCUGUCGCACCGCGGCGAGGAGAGCGGCAACAUCCGCGGCUGCAUGCGGGUGCGAGUGCCCGCCGAGCGCUGCGGCACCAGGGAGCGGCUCUACGAGUGGAUCAGCGUGGACAAGGACGAGGCGGCGGCGGGCAAAGGGAAGGGGCUGCCCGGAGCCAGGGGCACGCAGGAGCACGGCAGGUCUGUGGGCCGCAAGCCCCCCGCUGCUGAGCCCCCCAGCGCCGUGAAGCCCCCGGAGGAGCCUGAGAAGAGCAGCACAGCAGCAGCCCCCCGGCCCCCAGCCCCACUCCGUGGCCCCUCCAGGGAUGAAACCCCCCCGAGCCGGUCCAAGCUGGAGGCUGAGGGGGGGCCUCCCAAGAACAGCUUCAACAACCCAGCUUACUACGUGCUGGAGGGGGUCCCACACCAGCUGCUGGCCCCUGGGGACCCCGGGAAGCCCCCAGCCCCCAAAGCCAAGGGGCAGCCGCCCGAGCGCCGCCGGCACCUUUCCACCGGGAUGUGCCACGAGGGCGACGCCGCUGACGGCCACAGGAGCUCGUCAGAUGAGGAGCUGGGGACCCUCAACCUGCCCCCCCCAGCUUUCCCCCCGCCCCCACUGCCCAGGGAGCUCGAGCAGCCCCCCAACCCCUUCCCCAAGGAGCCUCUGGCCGGAGAGCCCCCCCAGCCCAAGCUGCAGCCCCGACCUCUGCCCCCUCACUCUGCCUUGGGGCUGGAGGGGGCUGCUGGGACCCCCAGCCCUGGGGGGCUGCUGGAUGAUCGCUCCUGCUCCGUGCUGCAGAUGGCCAAGACGCUGAGUGAGGUGGAGUAUGGUGCUGGGAGGGGGAAGGGGGCUGCUGGCACCACGGCGCCGCUGGCCAAGCCGCCCCCCCGCUGCCAGCCCCUCGCCUUCCCCCCACACUCCAUCCGAGAGAGCAUCCAGGAGGACCUGGCUGAGGAGGCUCUGUGCCAGGGGGUCCGUGCCAUGGGCCCCGUGCCCGGGGUGGGCGAGUGGCUGCGGGCGCUGGGGCUGGAGCGGUACGAGCAGGGGCUGCUGCGCAACGGCUGGGACGACCUCGAGUUCCUCAGUGACAUCACGGAGGAGGAUCUGGAGGAGGCCGGGGUGCUGGAGCCCUCCCACAAACGCGUCCUGCUGGAGAGUCUGCAGCCCCACAAGUAGCCCCAGGGUGCUGAGCACACGGUCCUGGGUGCUGAGCACACGGCUCUGGGUGCUGAGCACAUGGCCCAGGCUGCUGGGACACAGCCCCGAGGUGCUGAGCUCUCCAGGUCUGGGGUGCUGAGCACACAGCCUGUAGGGUGCUGAGCUCCCCAGCCCUGGGGUGCUAAGCACAUGGCCCUGGGGUGCUGAGCACAUGCCCUUGGGUGCUGAGCACGUGGCCCUGGGUGCUGAGCACGUGGCUCCAGGUGCUGAGCACACGGCCUUGGGUGCUGAGCACACAGCCUGCAGGGUGCUGAGUUACCCAGCUCAAGGGUGCUGAGCACACAGACUGAAGGUGCUGAGCUCUCCAGAUCUGGGGUGCUGAGCACACAGCCUGUAGGGUGCUGAGCGCAUGCCCUUGGGUGCUGAGCACAUGACCCUGGGUGCUGAGCACGUGGCCCAGGCUGCUGGGACACAGCCCCAAGGUGCUGAGCUACUCUGACCUGGGGUGCUGAGCACACAGACUAGAGGUGCUGAGCUACCCAAACCUGGGGUGCUGAGGACAUGGCCCUGGGGUGCUGAGCACACAUCUUGCAGGGUGCUGAGCUCCCCAGCCCCAGGGCGAUGAGCACACAUCCUGCAGGGUGCUGAGCUCCCCAGCCCCAGGGUGAUGAGCACACAUCCUGCAGGGUGCUGAGCUCCCCAGCCCCAGGGUGAUGAGCACACAUCCUGCAGGGUGCUGAGCACACAGCCCGUUCCCCAGGGUCCUGCAUCCCAUGGCUGAGGGUGCUGGGUGCU